AUAUGUACAAGAUUUGUAAUUUGUAACCUAGAAAACUAAAUGUAGAAGAAUUUGACAAGACGUCAUUUUUUGAAAAAUACUAUCAAAAAUCUUGGAAUCUUCAUUUAAUAAAGUUGGAUGGUAAUAUUUUUCGUAAAGAUUAUAUUAUAACUCAUCGGGAAUACAGGAUUAAUCAUGACAGAAGAACAGGCAACUAUAGAAGGAAAGCCAAAGUUACCAAUCAGACAUGACUGGUAUCAGACUGAUGCUGCAGUAGUAAUCACUGUUUUAGUGAGGAAUAUCAAAGAGGAAUAUUUAAAAUUAGAUAUUGCUACCAACAAAGUCACAAUAGAUAUAUCCCAUCCAGAUUUUGAACCCUGCAAUUUGUGUCUGAAUCUGUCUAAUUCUGUAAUAUCUGAUCAGAGUAGUUAUAAACUUUCAUCAGCAAAGAUAGAAAUCAAGUUAAAAAAAUGUGAAGGUCUGAGGUGGGAAAAAUUAGAAGGUGCUGCCAAAGUUGAGGCUAUAAAAGUUAUUCCAAAAGAAGCAGAACCAAUCACUGAUGGUCCACCAUCUUACCCCACCUCCAAGAAAGGAAAAGACUGGAACAAAGUUGAAAAAGAGAUUAAGGAACAAGAAGCACAGGAGAAACCAGAAGGUGCCGAGGCUAUCAACUUGUUAUUUCAAGAGAUCUAUGGCAAGGGUAGUGAUGAAGUCAAACGGGCGAUGAACAAGAGUUUUAUGGAGAGUAGCGGCACUGUUUUAAGUACAAAUUGGAAUGAGAUCAGUAAACAAACAGUUGAAGCCAAACCCCCAGAUGGAAUGGAAUUUAAAAAGUUUUAAAACAAACUCGUUCGGUUUUUAAAUCCAUGGUUUAAUUAAAUUUUAGUUAUACAAAAGAUAUAUUCAGUUUAAUACUAAUUAAAAAGAUGAGUUUGAUAUUUCUUCCGCAAUAUUUGUAAUACAGUGUUUAAAAAUAAAUAGUUUAGAGUAA